CCGAGCGCAGCCUGUCGCCUGUCCCACCCUGCCCCGGGAAGGAGGCACUUACAGCUACACACCCGUUUGAGGGACUUAAAAUCGGUCCUGUCGCCCUCAUUGUGAAUUUGACAAACUGAACUUGUGUGGUCGUGCCGGACUGGAGGUGAGCAAUGGAGGAUGGGAAGCCAGUGUGGGCGCCGCACCCCGCCGACGGGUUCCAGCUGGGGAUGAUCGUCGACAUAGGAGCCGACACACUAACCAUAGAACCUCUUAACCAGAAGGGCAGGACCUUUCUUGCGUCAAUGAGCCAAGUCUUCCCAGCAGAGGAGGAUGUCAACAAGCACAUGGAGGACAACUGUUCCCUUAUGUACUUGAAUGAAGCCACUCUCCUCAACAACGUCAGACUGCGAUACAAUAAAGACCACAUCUAUACUUAUGUGGCCAAUAUCCUGAUAGCUGUGAAUCCCUACUAUGACAUCCACAAACUCUAUGGACUCGACGCCAUCAAGUCGUACCGGGGAAAGUCCCUGGGAACUCUGCCGCCUCACGUCUAUGCUAUAGCCGACAAAGCCUACAGGGACAUGAAGGUUCUCAAGAUGAGCCAGUCCAUCAUAGUUUCAGGUGAAUCUGGUGCUGGAAAGACUGAAAACACCAAGUUUGUUCUCAGAUAUCUCACCACGACAUAUGGAAGUGGACAAGAUAUCGACGAGAGAAUUGUCGAAGCAAACCCCCUUCUUGAGGCCUUUGGAAAUGCAAAGACCGUGCGGAACAAUAACAGCAGCCGCUUUGGGAAGUUUGUGGAGAUCCAUUUCAAUGAGAAGAACGCAGUCGUGGGUGGAUUUGUUUCCCAUUACCUGCUAGAGAAGUCAAGGAUUUGCAUGCAAAGCAACGACGAGAGGAACUACCACAUCUUCUACAGGCUGUGUGCCGGGGCGUCCGAAGACAUCAAGAAGAAACUGCAUCUGGACUCUCCGGACAGCUUCAGGUACCUGAACCGGGGAUGCACCCGAUACUUUGCCAGUAAGGACUCUGACAAACAAAUCCUGCAGAACCGCAAGAGUCCUGAGCAUCUCAAAGCCGGUGCUUUGAAGGACCCUCUUCUUGAUGACAUGGGGGACUUCAACAGGAUGUGCGUGGCCAUGAAGAAGAUUGGUCUGGAUGACACUGAGAAACUGGACUUGUUCAGGGUGGUUGCUGGCGUUCUGCAUCUGGGCAACGUUGAUUUUGAAGAUACAGGAAGUUCCUCAGGAGGUUGUGUCCUGAAAAAUCAGUCAGGCCAGACCCUGGAGUACUGCGCCGACCUGCUGGCUCUGGAUCAGAGCGAUUUGCGCGUCAGCCUCACCACCAGGAUCAUGCUGACGACAGCAGGAGGCGCCAAAGGAACAGUUAUCAAGGUUCCUCUGAAGGUGGAACAGGCCAACAAUGCCCGCGAUGCCCUGGCCAAAGCAGUGUACAGCCGCCUGUUUGAUCAUGUGGUCAAACGGGUAAACCAGUGUUUCCCCUUCGAGACCUCUUCCAACUUCAUCGGGGUGUUGGACAUCGCCGGCUUUGAGUAUUUCGAACACAACAGCUUUGAGCAAUUCUGUAUCAAUUACUGCAACGAGAAACUGCAGCAGUUCUUCAACGAGCGUAUUCUGAAAGAGGAACAAGAACUGUAUCAGAGGGAAGGCCUGGGAGUAAACGAGGUGCAUUACGUUGACAACCAGGACUGCAUAGACUUAGUGGAGGCAAAGCUGGUGGGCGUCCUGGACAUUUUGGAUGAAGAGAACCGUCUCCCUCAGCCCAGCGACCAGCACUUUGCCCUCGCUGUUCACAGCAAGCACAAAGACCACUUCAGACUGACGGUGCCCAGGAAGUCCAAGUUGACCAUUCACAGGAAUCUCCGGGACGACGAAGGCUUCAUCAUCAGGCACUUUGCUGGAGCGGUCUGCUAUGAAACGAUUCGGUUUGUGGAGAAGAACAACGACGCUCUGCACAUGUCGCUGGAGAGCUUAAUGUCUGAAUCAAAAGACAGAUUUGUUCGGGAACUAUUUGAGAACUCAAUCCCCAACAAGGACUGCAAGCAGAAAGCCGGUAAACUCGGCUUCAUCAGCGUUGGCAACAAGUUCAAGACCCAGCUGAACUUGCUGCUGGAAAAGCUUCGCAGUACUGGCUCAAGUUUCAUCCGCUGCGUGAAACCCAAUCUGAAGAUGGUCAGCCACAAGUUUGAAGGAGCUCUGAUUCUCUCCCAGUUGCAGUGCUCAGGAAUGGUGUCGGUGUUGGACCUGAUGCAGGGGGGCUUCCCCUCCAGAGCCCCCUUCCACGAGCUCUACAACAUGUACAAACAAUAUAUGCCUGACAAGCUGACACGCCUGAAUCCACGACUCUUCUGCAAGGCUUUGUUCAAAGCUCUGGGACUAAAUGACAACGACUUCAAGUUUGGACUGACCAGAGUGUUCUUCCGCCCUGGAAAGUUUGCAGAGUUUGACCAGAUCAUGAAGUCUGACCCGGAUCACCUCGCAGAGCUGCUGCAGAAAGUCAACCAGUGGUUGGUGUGCAGCCGUUGGAAGAAAAUCCAGUGGUGCAGCCUGUCUGUCAUCAAACUUCGGAACAAGAUGAGUUACAGAGCUCUGGCCUGCAUUAAGAUUCAAAAAACUGUCCGCAUGUGGUUGUGUAAGAAAAAGCAUAAGCCACGCAUCGACGGUAUGGUGAAGGUUCAAAACCUGAAGAAACACAUGGAGCGCUUCAAUGAGGUGGUGAACGGGCUGAAGGAAGGCAAGCAGGAGAUGGCCAAACAGGCCCAGGAGCUGGCGGCCUGCAUCGACGCUCUGCUGGCAAAGAUAAAGGCCACCGUUAUGACCUGGAAAGUGAUUGACACCGAGUACCAGGGGCUGGUAAAACGCUCCGAGCAGCUGCUCUCCUCCAUGCAAAAGAAAAAGCAGGAGGAGGAAGAGGGCGAAAGGCUGAAACACAUUGAAGAGGAGAUGGACAAAGAGAAAAAGAGGAGAGAGAAGGAAGAGCAACGACGCAAACGGGAGGAGGACGACAGAAGAUUGAAGUCAGAGAUGGAGCUGAAGAGAAAGCAGGAAGAGGAGGAUAGAAAAAAGAGAGAUGAGGAAGAGAAAGUAAUACAGGCCGAGCUGGACAUUCAGUUGGCUCUUGAGCGCUCGGAGCAGGCCAAGCACACCACCGUGCUGGAGCAGGAGAGAAGAGACAGAGAGCUGGCCAUGAGAAUAGCUCAGAGCGAAGCAGAGCUCAUCACUGAGGAGAGCCAGAUGGACGCCAGCCUGCGCAGUGACGAGCUUUUUUCAGAUCUUCCGAUCUCUUCAUCCUCGGCCAGAGCCAUGGGCCCUCAGGUGCAGGCGACGAAAGCUGCCGCUGGUGUGAAAAAGUACGACCUGAGCAAGUGGAAAUACGCUGAGCUGCGAGAUGUCAUCAAUACUUCCUGUGACAUCGACCUGCUGGCGGCUUGCAGAGAGGAGUUCCACCGCCGCCUGAAGGUCUAUCACGCUUGGAAGUCCAAGAACAAGAAACGCACCGACGGCGGGAGUGAUCAGAGGGCUCCUAAAUCCGUCACUGACUACGCUGAACAAAACCCGGCUCCUCCGAUGGCAGCGCAGCAUCAGGAGGUGGCCAUGAACCGCCAGCAGCGUUAUUUCCGCAUUCCUUUCAUCCGACCGGCGGACCAGUACAAAGACCCGCAGAAUAAAAAGAAGGGCUGGUGGUACGCCCACUUCGACGGGCCCUGGAUAGCCAGACAGAUAGAGCUUCACCCGGAAAAGCAACCGAUUGUGUUGGUUGCCGGAAAAGACGACAUGGAGAUGUGUGAACUGAGUCUGGAGGAGACCGGUCUGACCAGGAAGAGGGGGGCGGAGAUCCUGCCUCGGCAGUUUGAGGAAAUCUGGGAACGCUGCGAUGGAAUUCAGUACCUGAAGAAAGCCAUCGAGAACAAGCAGGCCCGCCCCACAUACGCCACCGCCAUGCUGCAGAGUCUCCUCAAGUGAAGCGCGGCAGCGAGAUAAGCGCCCUGCGACAUUACACUGAUACACGGGCUCACAAACAUGCCGGUACACAUUUAACGUGGUUCUUUAGGAUGAAAAGAAGGAACCACAGCGAAAAGAUUCUCCUUAUACAAUCGUACUGUAAGCACCAAGUGUUUCAUCUCCUUUUUAAAUACCUGCAAAAGAAUCAUUUCACUCUUUAUAGCUUUUAAUUUGCAGUGUAGCACUGGCAUUUCUGUCUUCUUCUCAAACUAUGCUUGAAUUGAAAAUCCCGCUGGGAGGCCUUAUAUUGUCACAUCGCUGCACUACGCCUAGGGAGUCUUUAUUAGCUUAUAUGUGUUCAUUGAUACACUUUUUCAUGACUUUACACAAAAUAGUCCAUACAGUCAUGACGUUUCUUUUAGAUAAACAUGAAUUCAUUUGAAGAAGUCCUGGGUUUAUUACCAACUAAGAAGUUUAUCUUUUAAUCCAUCUAUAAUUUAACUUAGCUGUGUAUAAAACUGUUAAAAUCCUUGAGAAGGAAAUCUUUUUUUUUUUUUUUAUUGUUGUUCAUUUAUUACGCAAGAGGAGAAAUGUAGAAGUUAGCUUUCAUGUUUGCAGUUGUUGGUUUGGGGUUGUUUUACAGACAAUGAAAUAAGAAAAUGUAAUUUGCGUGUCUGUGUGUGUUUAAUCACAUUUUAUUUUAUUAUGCUGAUGACUUGACUCUUGCGUUCCCUCAUCUCGUUGACCUAUCAAUCAUGCUUUACCUUCAUCUACAGUUGGUUCACUUAUUUACUGAAAGAGUCAGUAGCUGACUGUGACUAAUGAUUCACCUACAAAAUGAGAUCAGGUGGUUUGUUUUACACUGGAAUACUAUAGAAAAUAAAUAUAUAAACUCAUUUUCCUGAUGCCUUUUCUCACUCGGUUGUCACCAACAAGUGAGAACGAGUAGAUUUGGAGGUCAGGGCUCUGUAAACGGAUCUGACAUCCUGACGGUAACAGCGGUUAAAGAGCUUUAAUUCGUAGAUUACUUGGACAAAGGGUAAUGUGAGGUGGAUGGCGUCACUCAUUCAAAGCUCAAUCGUAUUAGGUGAUGAUGUGGAUUGAAACUAUGGAUCUCAUUUGUACGUGUUUUUCUGCUCUUUUGUGUUAAAAUAACAACAAACAGCGCUAGAUGAUUAUAUAAAUACAUUAAUAAACUGUAGAAAAACA